UACAAAUUGAAAAUCUAUUUUCUUUAUUACUGGUAUUGAUUGUCUAGGCACAAAACUACGUUUGCAAUGGCCACGAUGUCGCCGAGCGUCACGUUAGGCUCCCUGCUCCUUCCAGAGAUGAAGGUCGUCAGCGCUGAGAACUCUCGGCAGCUAGAGAAGCGCUUUACCUUCCUCUGGAGCUCGGCACAUGCGCUGCUUCCCACCAGUCCCGCUCUGGCCAACCACAUGAUCGCUUCCAUGAUGCAGUUAGCUCGAUCGAGCCGAGCACACCUGCCCCAAUCAGUGCUGGACUUCAUUUGCGAGAACUGUGGAGGUCUCUUGGUGCCCAGCGUGUCGGCGGACGUGCGUGUGGUGCCACAAACCCGCAAGUCUCCGGCCAAUCGUCGACUGGCUAGACAGCAGCGCCGCGCCCAGCAACAGAACGGCAGUAAUGGCCCACGUCUUGUCCGUGAGACUUUGUCGACCGUUGUGAGGGUGUCGUGCCAUCGAUGCCAACAUGCUAAUGAUCGACCUGGUGCGUCGACAAUUCAUAAAGCGAAGACCAAGAAACGUUCACGAGAAGAGCAGGAGACGGAGAGUGCUACAGCUGUAGAGACGAAGAAGUUGAAGGUGGACAGUGGUGAACGAGCAAAGACCGAGGAGGCAAAGACUUCCCCCGCUGCUGCUGCUCCGAUUGAACUGAAGAUAGCGCCUGCGAGUGCUUUUGCGCCGCCUUCGAGUCCGCCGCGGAAGCUUCUGGACGGACCGAAGCGGAAGAAAAAGAAGAAAAAGCCACAGCCAGAUGCUGCCGUGGUUGCUGUCAAAAGCAGCCUCAAUUCGUUUCUACAGGGUCUCCAUUCGCGUAAGUAAAAAAAAAACUUACGCAGAUUGCUGAGCUUUUUAUUACGACGUGAGUUUUGUGAAUUUGGAUUUUACACGUGUGUCGACGCCCUCGAGAGCGAAGCAGUCAACGAGUCCAGCUUACUGAGCUGCGUACGGAAAUCGUCGGUGCUGCUUUGCAUGCUCCAAGACUGCAUUGUUGAAGGAUAUCGAGCGCUUGUCGGUCUGGAAUAGCUCUUGCGAGCGGAGUGAUCUCGGUCGUCUUCUUCUUUUGCUUCCUCAAAUUUGGCCAGCUUGGGAGUAUGGCACCUCUCCAGCGCUAAUCCUGCUGACUGGAGGUCGAGGCUAAUAUCAACAUCGGCGGGAUCCUCCUCCUUUGCCGUUGGCUUAUCGAUCUCCGGUUUCUGGUCUGGUUUCGGGUGAACAUUUACGUCUUGUUCAUCACCUGUCUGUGCUCGAGAACUACGUUCUUCAGCUUUCCGCUCCUUGGUUUCCCUUGCCAAAAUUUGGUUUCGUUCUGUGGCUUUGAAGAUUUUCCCCAAGAUACUGAAAAGCUUCUCGCGUGGUGGGUCUUUCUGCUCCUCCAAAAUCUACAAAGCGGGAAAGUACGAUAAGCACCAAACAGCCUAACAUCAAAUCUCUCACGUACCCGUCGGGUAUCUUGGAUCGGCAUUUGUACCAUGACCAACGUAUGGUUUUUCAAGAGACCGUCGUAGAAUUGGAGAAACCCAUCGACUGUGAUGCAGUUCCCGUCCCAGAACAAGGCCUGCAGACUCUUGUUCUUAGGCAAUACGGCACCGAGAACCUGAGCCAAUGCGUCUCCACAUUCGUUGCCAGUAACGUCAAGCAUCUGUAGGUAUGCGUGUGGCUUGGCUAAUGCUUGGACUGCUGCCGUUAUAAUGUGUGUACCGAAAACAUAAGAACCAUCACAUUUCAAACACAAUUCCUUCAGACGCAGAGGCUUCGCGGCCGAUGAGUGCGCGAAGAAAGAUGCAGUCACAACUCCAGCGUCAUUCGCUCCCAACCAACUCUGUAUCUGGUUGUCGUUGCAGUCCAACGCACCCCCGAGUAACAGAGCUAAGGCAUUCGCACCUGCCUGUUCAAUCACACUCGGUUCCGACGGCGCCACGCCGUCACUAUAGCACUUUUCAUUCUGCCGUUGGCAUUUCCGAUGUGCUUCACGUUUGACAAAGCCAUUUCCUUCCAGACUCAACGAGUCCAGAGUCUUACACCCUCGAAUCGAGUGGAGCAGCAACAGAGCCUGAAGAUACAAACAAGAGUCAGUAAGAAGUGGUGUAAAUGCCAACCAUCCCGCUUAAAAACGCACCGAUUUAUCGUGAAGACACGUGUGAUCUAGCCGUAAUGAUGUUCGAGUAGCCCAUGGUGAUUCAUCCAGAAGUUGAGCCAACACUUCAGCUCGAUGGCCACUCAAGUCGUUAUCACUUAGAUCCACCAUACAAGCCCAACUUCGAUCAGUAUUCGCGAACAUUGGUGCUAAAAUGUUACGCAAAAAAUGUUUACGAAGACCAUCGGCACGAUGCACUGUGCCUCCGUUCCUUCGUGCAGCUGCUGUAUGUGCCACCACAGCAGCUUCAGAGAGAGCUAGAAGCGUGCCUUCCUUUUGUAGCUGUGGAGGUAAGAAUUUGUGGAAAUGACGAUAGCGCUUCAUGCCACGCAGGAAUAUCGUAGCAAGACUUUGAGAUUUACCCAAAAUGACGCCGAGAUCUUCACUUGCUUGUGUUCGCAUCUGGUUGUACGACAGAUCAAGCUGUAGAAGCGAUGACUCAUGGAGUAAAGUGUUCUGUUUAAGAGCUUGAACGAAGAUAUUAAUGUCGAGCUGAGUUCGAGAAACAUCGAGUCGUUGGAGAGCAAACGUCCCCGUGAUCCAGGUAGCCAGAGUUUUCGUGCCUUCCAGACCGAGAUGGUUCCCCGCGACGUUCAGCUCUAAUAACGAAGCCGAAAACGCUGUGCUAGUCGUCAAUGCUUCGAGUACUCGACAACAGGAUAUAGUUGUUAAGCCGCACCUUUCAAGCUGCAGAAGCUCCAGAGCAUUCGGUAGUAAUUGCAGAAUUGUGGCUAGUUCAGCCGCCAUCGUAACUGUAAACCGGUUGAAGGAGAAAUCUAGACGCCGGAGCUUCAUCUUCAUCUCGUUUCCAUUCUGUCGCAUCGUGGAUUGAAGCACAACUUGUUGGAGGAUACGCAACGCUCGAACUGAUAGCUGUACGUUGGUCAGAGUGAAGCCUUCGAUUGUACAUUGUGGCGAGAGCAGAGCCUGGAACAGCGUAGUCAAGCUUGCUUGACCCAUUGCUAGGUCACUUAUGAUGAUAUCGGUAAAGUAACUCGAGCGUUCAAGCGUCCGUGCAAGAGCUUGAAUCUCUUUGGACUGGAAAUUAGUCACUGAACGGGAGGAAGACGGAAAGCAUGCGUCCACAAUAGAGCGAGCAAAAGAGUGAAAUGGAGUCGCUGAGAGGUCCUGGUGGUAGCCGUCAACGCCAGGCGGGAAGCCGAGACAAUACUGGAAAUCCAUGCAUCCAGUCGUGGUAGCACAUUCUUCGAUACGAACUGGUACACUAUCGCGAAAGCGAACGCCCAGAUCGUCGCAAAAAGCAUGAUAAGCCGACGCCAUAGCAGCAAAAGUCGAGUUUUGGCUGGUGGAGUCUGCAGUCUUCUCUUCGUUCUGAUUUUGGUCUUGUGAUUGUGUAACAUCACUUUCGUCCGGGAAAAACUCGUGCCAGUGACAGUCAGGCGGGAGCGUCACUGGUGGCAUUUUCUGUUGCGGAAAGGUAAGUCGAAGUGCGUACAGUAAUCGUUGCAGAAGUCGUACGACGUUCUCGGUGUGUACCCCUGGGUCAAAAUGUAGCAUCACGGAGGCUUCGCUUCCAGCCCCCUGCUUUGGUAGAAUAACUAGUCGAAUGGAGAUCGUAGAAGAGUUGUCCGGUGUCGAUGAAGCAGGGUCUGGUCGAAGUGCAGUGAGCUUCUGCACGUGCAUCAGUUGAAACUCUCGACGGAGAGAAAGCGCUUUGCUAAACGUUUUCUUGUGCUUCAAAACCCACAAACGCAAUGCCGAGAUCACCAAUAGUCUUGGACGGAACUUGGAUCCAGACUUGUGUAACAUCACCCACUUCAUCAGCAAUGGAGUGUCACUGCGACCUGUGAAAAGUUUCUCGAUUGCUGCAGUGUCUUGUAAGCUUAACUCGAUGUAGCUGAGUCGGUUGAUAGGCCAUGACGUCGAGUCGAUCGUGGAUUCCUCUUCAUCACCAGCGUCAGCAGUCUUCAUGAUGACAGCGAGAAGAAUAAGUGAAAGGCUGAUAACCUUUGCUCGGUUAGUACUUGAGGCG